ACUACCUCAAGAAAUUACUACUGAUAAAUUUAUAUCCUGAUCUCAUUUAAGGAGGGGGGGAGGCUCUGCCUUAUUCACUGACAGUAACUCAUUUCAUUUACCAAACCGUUUAUUAACACCACAGCAAACAAAGUUGUCAUCAGGAAGCCAGGGCCGAUGACCACGGGAGGUGCGGAGUCGAACAAGGUCAUAAACACAGAGCACCUUUCAGCCACGGAAGAAGGGCAGACAGAGGACCUGAACCCUCAGAGGAAGCCACGCUCUGCAGGCCCAGACAGAGCCUUAGCGUUCCCCAAGCGUCGCUGUGGCAACGCGAGGUAGGGGGCGGAGCCUGUCCGGAUUGGCUGGGCUGGGCGCGUGCGCUGGGCCUGCUGGGAGAGCCGGGCUCUGUGGCGGCGGCGCCGGUUUGAAGUUGGCUGGGCCCGAUGUGGUCGGUGGGGCGGUGGCGGCCCGCUCCUCCGCCUCCCUGCCCCGACUUCCUCACCGACUUCGGGCCCAGGUCUCGGCCCACUUCAAGAUCACUCCCGGUCCUGAUUCCGGGCUCGCAGGGGCGGGGACUGGAGGUGGUGAGGACGCCUGAGUGUUCGCCGCCGCGGCCUCUUAGCUGCAGCAGUUCGACCUGGUCUCUGUUGUCUCCCCUCGGCCACCAUAGCCGCGUGUUUGAGGAGGAGGAGGAGGAGGACGGCGGCGACGGAGAGGAUGAGGAAGCCGUGAACGGAGAGGCCUGUGACCCACCGGCCCAGGUUGAGAGCCUGAGAGGAUUGGAUUUACAGAGGUGCGCCAGCAGUGAAGUUAAACCAGGAGAUAAUCAAGAAGAACAGAAACAGGUGCACUUACCAGAGAGCAGACUGACGCCAUGGGAGGUAUGGUUUGUUGGCAAAGAAAAAGAAGAACGUGACCGGCUGCAGCAGAAAGCUUUAGAGGAAUUGAAUAAACAACUAGCAAAAAGAAAAGAAAUGGAAGAACGUGAAAAAAGAAAGAUAAUUGCUGAAGAAAAGCACAAGGAAUGGGUUCAGAAAAAGAAUAAACAGAAAAGGAAAGAAAAGGAACAAAAACUUAGUAAAGAAAUGGAAGAAAAAGCAGCAAAGGAACUGGAGAAAGAACAUUUGCAAGAAAAGGCAAAAGAAAAAUAUCAAGAAUGGUUAAAGAAAAAAAAUGCUGAAGAAUGUGAGAAGAAGAAGAAAGAAAAGGAAAAAGAAAAACAACGGCAAGCUGAAUUACAGGAGAAAAAGGAAAUAGCAGAAAAAAAAUUUAAGGAAUGGUUGGAAAAUGCAAAAAAUAAACCUCGUCCAGCUGCAAAGAGCUAUGGUUAUGCCAAUGGGAAACUUACAGGUUUUUACAGUGGAAAUUCCUAUCCAGAGCCAACAUUCUGUAAUCCAAUACCAUGGAAACCAAUUCAUAUGCCUCCUUCCAAAGAAGCUAAGGAUCUAUCAGGAAAGAAGAAUAAAAGACCUGUAACAAGUCAGCCGCCCAGGUCACAAUCUCUGGUAAUUCACAAAGCCAGAAGCAACCUUUGCCUUGGAACUCUGUGUAAAAUACAAAGAUAGUAUAUGUCAAAAAUAGCUUUUUUUGUUGUUGUUGGAACUACUUGAUUUUAAAAUCAGAAAUUGUUUGUUUUUAUACUGCUCAAUCAGUAAGUCAACAUUUGAUGUGAUUAUUAAAUACCAUUUUUAAAAAUUUAUAUAUGAACUCCUGGAGCUAUUGAGGAAGAUGUUUUCUACCUUUUGAUUUUUAUAAAGUUUUUAAAGUUGACCUUGACAUAUUGUUUUACAAGAUAGGUGACUGAGUAUCUUAACAAUUGUGUUUAUGUUUAGUUUUUAUUAAAGUUAUACUGUAAUACCAAUAAACAAACAGUCCUUGGUUUGUUCUCUAUUACUUGCCUAUAUUUUUGCUUAGAACAUAAUAGUAUUGAGUAAUUUAUUCCAAAAGGUGUUUUUAAGUUGCAUAAAUGAGUUGGAACUAAAUGUAAUGAAAACAGUCUUCAUUGAUAGCAUUUUUUGUAUUGUCCUAAGUAGGUUUUGUUGCUUUUCUUAUUUUUGGCCUGGUGUGUUUUCCAGAACAGUGGCUUGAACCCAGGGCCCCUUCAACUUUUGCUUGGUUUGUUUGCUCACCCUUUGAAUCAUACCCCAGCCAUUAUGUACUUUUUGGUACAAAGCCUGGCACUACAUGGCUCCAACU